UAAGGCUUUCGCGGGGGCUGCUGCGUCUCGCCGACUGAGAAUAAGUCCCUAACUUGGCGUGGGGGCGCCCCUGCCUUCCUCCUCCUCUUCCUUCGAGGCGACUGCAGCAGAAGCACGUCCCGGGAGCCCGGCUUUGCCAGUGCACCAGGGUGGCCAGGCGCUCUCUGGACUCCCGCCGGGAAGUGGGGAGCUGAACGCCCGGCGCCGAGCUGGCCCCGCAGCGAAGGGCCGGAGGGAGCUGCGUUCCCCCGCCCGCGCCUCUCUCGGCCAGGGACCUCGGGGAUCCCCGGCCACACGCGCGCGCACGCUCCCACACUCACUCACACACACACUCGCCCUCACGCACACCGCCCCGGAGCCUGGGCUGCGGAGAGGGCUCUCGGGCGCGCUCAGAGGACCGGGCAGUGGCUGUCCAGAGUGGGGCGGCAAGCCGAGCUCUGGCUCUUGGAGGGAGGCGCCAAGGGUUUAGCCAGAGUAUGGGGCCGAGUGAGCGCUGAGAGUCGCGGCCGCAGCCAUCAGCCCUGGAGAUGACCAGGAGCGGCCACUGCUGAGAACUAUGUGGAGAGAGGCUGCGAUCCCUGCUGCAGAGCCUCCGGCUGGGAUAGCCGCCCCCCGUGGGGGCGAUGCGGACAGCGCGGGACAGCCAGGGGAGCGCGCGGGGGCCGCAGCAUGCGGGAACCAGCUAAACCCGGUGGCUGCUGAGGCGGCCGAGAUGCUCGUGCGCGCAGCGCGCCCCACUGCAUCCUCGACCUUCUCUGGCUACAGGGACCGUAAGUGGCGACUAUGGGCAGACUGGGCUAUUGGACCCUGCUGGUGCUGCCGGCCCUUCUGGUCUGGCGCGGUCCGGCGCAGGGCGCGGCGGCGGAAAAGGGUCCCCCGGCGCUGAACAUCGCAGUGCUGCUGGGCCACAGCCACGACGUGACGGAGCGCGAGCUGCGAAACCUGUGGGGCCCCGAGCAGGCGGCGGGGCGGCCCCUGGAUGUGAACGUGGUAGCGCUGCUGAUGAACCGCACCGACCCCAAGAGCCUCAUCACGCACGUGUGCGACCUCAUGUCCGGGGCGCGCAUCCACGGCCUCGUGUUUGGGGACGACACCGACCAGGAGGCUGUGGCCCAGAUGCUGGAUUUUAUCUCCUCACAGACUUUCAUCCCCAUCCUGGGCAUCCACGGGGGCGCGUCUAUGAUCAUGGCUGACAAGGUGGUCAUCGUGUGCAGCCGAGGAUGA